AUGGACGAUGAACAUAAAAAAGAAAUGAACGACAGAGAUUUUAAUGAAUUUUACUCGGAAGUGAAAGAAAUCGAGAAACGAGAUUCCGUUUUGACUCCUAAACAACAGAUUGACCGGUUGCUAAGACCAGGAUCAACUUAUUUUAAUUUAAAUCCUUUCGAAGUUUUGCAAAUAGAACCUGAAACGUCAUCAGAGGAAGCCAAAAAAAAUAUAAACGAUGAUGCUGAAAGAGCUCAGGCUGCUUUUGAAAUUAUAAAUAAAGCGUGGAAAACGUUAGAAACUCAAGAAACUAGACAAAAAUGUUUAGACAUAAUAGAAGAAGCAAAAGUUCGCACUGAUAUGAUGAUAGCUGAUAAAAAAAAAAAAUUGAAAAAAGAAGGGAAAUGUACAAAAGUCGAAGAAGAUGAACCUAGUAAAUAUAAACAUGCUGUUUAUGUCAUGACAAUGAAAUUAUUUGCCGAUUUAGAAAGAAAAAAAAGAGAUAUAGAAGAAAGAGACAUGCAAGAGAGAAAAAGAAAAAGAGAAAAGGAAAUCGAAGAGGAAACAAAGGCGAGCAUGGAAAAAGAAUGGCAAAAAAAUUUUGAAGAAUCUAGAGAGGGCAGAGUGAACAGUUGGAAAGCAUUUCAAGCUGGUUCGAAAAAAUCAGACAAUAAAGUUAAAAAGUUCAAAGCGGGGGGUUUCAAACCGCCCAAACACAAGGCAGAGUCAAGAUAA